UCCACAAACCAAACACGGAAAAGAAGAAGCGGAAGAUGAAGGCAGCAGCUUUUGAUGACAGAUCAUAGCUCUUAUGUUCGGCUUACGAACUCAUGACGAAGAAGAAAGGAACCUAGAGAUUUUCCUGCUCAGACAAGCGGUAUUACAAAACAAUGACACAGGCCUCGAUGAGAUGCUCUGCCAAGAAAUCUACAAGAAAGUCAUCAACUGCAGAGGUGGUUGGGGCAUUGCAGGGACGCCACUGCACGCCGCCGUGUCUACAGGACAUCUCAGCUGUCUGCAGGUCCUGCUCGCCCAUGGUGCACUAGUGGACAGUGUGGAUGUCAAGGCCCAGACGCCGCUCUUUGCAGCCGUGCGUGGGAAAUACCUAGACUGUGUCUUAGCUCUCCUGGGAGCGGGCGCCAACCCCAACGGGAACCCGUGCAACAACUGCUCCCCCGUGCUCACAGCAGCUCGUGAGGGCGACGUGGAGAUACUGAAGGAACUGCUUCAACAUGGCGCAGAGGUGAACUCUCGCUCCAAAGUCCUGGUCUGGACCUCCAGCGCCAGGGUGUCGAGCGGGCCGCUGUACCUGGCCGCCGUUUACGGACACAUGGAGUGUUUCAAACUGCUGCUCCUCUACGGCGCAGACCCCGACUACAACUGCACCGACGCGAAGCUGCUGCGUUCUAUCAAGCAGCCUAAGACUGUGCUGGAGAUGUGCUUCAGGCGCGGCUGCGGCGUGGAGUACAUCCAGCUUCUCAUCGACUUCGGCGCAAACGUCUACCUCCCCACGCUGAUCAUCGAGAAGUCCACGAAGCAGAACGAGGCCGUGGAGCUGCUUCUGCGGGAAAGAGCAAACCCAAAAGCGUUGUCGUUGCACUGCCGACUCGCCGUCCGACGGCAUCUGAAGAAGAUCGACAAGAUCCACCGCAUCGAGGAGCUGGAGAUGCCGACGAGACUCCUCAACUUCCUGCAGCACAAACCCUCCCCGUCCACCGCUCUGUAGCUCGGUGACCUGCUGCACUCACGUCACGUACAUUCAGUUUUUUUUUGUUUUAGCCACAGAGUUUGUUUUAUUAACAGAUUAUGAGCCAAUGUCUGUUUUUAAACAUUUCCUGUUGUUUAUGUGCAUUAAAUGUGAGGAUAAACAGUG